AUGCUGUACUGGAAGGAGGUCCCGCUGCAACUGGCAGAGGGGGCCGUGGUAUGGCGUGACAUCGCCCUAGCGGUGGAUCUCUCCAAGGAUACCGGCUCGGAGGCGGAUUCGGCUUUCAGGCCCAGCACGCUGCUCGAGAUCUCGCUCGACUGCGAGCUCACCAACAAUGCCCUCCGCAUCCAGCUGCCACGAGCCGUGGUGGGCGACGUCGUCUUUGUGGAGAAGGAGGUGGACGAGGGCGUGCGCGAGCUUCACGUGCUGGUGGUGACCACGCGCACCUUCCAUCGCUUCGUCUUCCCGCAUCCGCUCUCCGCUCCCGCUCCCGAUGCCGCGUUCGCCUCGACCGCAGGGCCGGGCGCCGCGCUGCCCUCGGUCCUCGCCAAGGUCACUGCCGUCGACCUGCUUCAGGGAACCUGCAGUCUGGACAACGUGCUCAGGAACGGUGCGCUGCCCAAGGCGGUCGCGCCGGUGGACGAAGAUCGCGUAGCGAUCGGGUACAGCAACGGCAGCAUCGCGGUGGUGGAGACGUACGACGUGCGGGUGGUCCCCGGGGGUCCCGCGUUCGGCACCACCGCCUUCGAGCUCAAGGAGGAGCACCUGAUGAAGAAGCUCUGGAGCGGCCUGAUGCCCACUCUCGGAACCAAACCUGCGCCCGAGGAGAUCGUGAGCCUGGCCACCCACUGCGUAACACCCACGCGACCCUACAUAUUCGCUCUCUGCGCGGACAACAAGAUCCGAGUGUGGGAUGUUCAGAGCAGGGCGCUGCUGAACACCAAGGAGAUCGACGCUGACAAGUGGAGCCACGAGGGAGAUGAUUCCAUCCAGCGCAGGGGUCCCAUCCGCGUGUACUCCUACGACGAGGACCCCAUGCGCUGCAAGCUGGGGCUCUACUUUGAACUCCGCGAAGAAUCACAACUCCAACUGUACACGGUCUCCUUUGUCGAAGAGGAGAAUGGCUACAUCUUCCUCAAGGGUCUCGAGUUCGACAGCUUUCACUAUUCCAAGCUGAAAAAUCUGGUCGACUUCAGGUUUUCGUUUGCGUGCCUGUGGGCCAUGUGGGCGGACCCCAACGAAGGCCUGGCCCUCAAAUAUGUCACCUUCGAGACCUCCGCGCAAAUGGAACCGUUCAUGGUGGAGGACAACUGCUGGACGUCGGUUCUGCUGCAUGCGCCCGACGACAGCAAGGAGUACCCGUCCCUUGCCGAGGCCAACGACUUCCAGGACGCCUACCUGGAGGACCUGUUCAAGCCGGGGCGGUACAGCCUCACGGCCAUCCACAAGGCCUACCAGCAGCUGCGCGACGCCAACAAGAUGUUCAACGCCUCCGCACGCGCGCCGCUCUCUGUCGCGCGGCUCCAGCGUGACAUCCCCGCUCUCAUCCAGGAACUGGCCACGAGCUCGUAUCUAGCGCGCAACAUCGAGGAGGAGGACAUCGAAGAGUACGUGCAGCUGCAGAGGUCCUGCUGGGAGUCCUUCCGGGCCAAGGUCCGGCAGGCCUUUGUUGAAGAGGAGACUCCCAUCGCACUCUUCAAGGACCCGCACACGGGCCUUAUGAUCAUCAUCAAGAAGGGCAAUCUCACGUUCGCUCGACCCUGUGAAGCGCUGGAGGCACUACACGCUAUCAGCCUGCCCAGGACCACCAACAAGCCGCGACAGAAGCUCAAUGUCUCGGCCGUGCCAUCGGCUUCGUCCUUGCUGCUGCCCGGAACCAGCGUAUACAGCGACCCGGCCUACCAGCUUCAGUCCGAGCUCCUCACCGCCACCAACCUGGUCUCGCAAGAGUUGGGCGAGGACGUGUUUGCCGCGUUCGAGGAGGAGCUCUACUUCUCGCGGGACCCCUACACCGCGUCCGCGAGGCACAUCGACGCCUUCCUCUCCGCCACCCACUCCACCCUCGGUGAGCACAAGAAGCGACCAUCGCCGUACGAGUUUAUCCGCCGGCUGCUGCGAAGCCUGUACGGCACCAAGAAGCUCAUCGCCGCCGUCAAGAACCUCCUCGAGCUGCUCGACACCCACCGCCUGCCCGCCACGACUGCCACCAAUGCCGAGGGCGAGGACAUGCUGUGGGCGCAGAAGGAAAGCUGGUGCGCGGGCCUCUUUGGCGGCGAUUUCACGGAGGGCUUCGUGUCGAUGUCGCUCCAGCACAUCACCCGCUCCCGCUUCCAGAUCUCGCGCGACCUCUUCUUCCUCCUCUCCUUUGUCAUGCGGCUCGAGAACACCGUGGAGCUGCCGGCUAAGGCCUUUGCCGAAAUCGAGAGCGAGCUCCUGCCGCGCGUGGCGACCCUCGUCAAGUGCUACCAUCUGCUUCAUUGGACCACCCUGCAGUACUGCCCCACUUUCGAGAAGCCGAGGACGUCGGAUGAUCUGGCCAGCUUCUCCGCGCUGGAGAUCACCGGCGGACAGCGACAGAACAAGUCGACCGAGGGCCGCACGCUGAUGCAGCUGUUCGUGCAGGAGAACAGCACGGUCAUCCAGCAGCUGUUCGCGUCGUCGGAGGCGGUGAGCGCCUACCUGCGCUCGCUGGAGGGCGGCAAGCGCAACAUCGACGCCACGUCGUCGUUCAACCUCUUUGCCGAGCCGCGCGAGCUGUGGACCGCGCUGGCCACCCCGUUCGUGCAGACCGUGCUGGGCUACGUCACCAUGGGCUACCACUUCUCCGUCUUUCUCAAGAACCACUCCUACUACGGCCUGCUCCACGAGAAUCUGCGUUUGUCGGGCAAGACGAGCGGAGUGGCGCAGUACCUGCUCGGCCUGUCGCAUCUGGACCUCGCCCAGUUUGACAAGGCCACCGAGUGCUUCCUCCACGCCCUCACCACCCUCUCCUCCGACGAGGAGUGCCGGUACUUCAAGGACAUGCUGCAGGAGACGACGCACCUGGGGCGCGGGGCCAUGGAGACGGACAUGCACGUGGAGACCCACGAGCAGAGCCUCGACGUGCCCUUCCUCAUGCACGUGAUCGAGCUCUUCGAGAGCGUGCGGCAGCCGGAGUUCGCCAUCCGCUUCGCCUUUGCCGCGCUCCAGGAGACCCCGCGGGACGACAACGCCUCCCAGGCCUUCCUGUGGUCGGUCGUCUUCAAGUCCAGCCUCGCCCUGCGCGACUACGAGCAGGCCUACCUCGCCCUCCUCUCCAAUCCCCACCCCGACAGCUCCCUGUUGCGCAAGUACGUGGUGGUGCUGUGCACGCAGGGCCAGGUGGGUCUGCUGUGUCAGCUGCCCUUUGCGGGCCUGCAGCAGGAGGUGGUCCAGGUGCUCACGCAGAAGGCGCGCGCCGAGGACGUGCAGCACAUCGUCGACGGGCAGAGCCCCAACUACUACGAGAUCCUCUACGCCUACCACGUCUUCCGCUCCGACUACCGAAGCGCGGCCUUGUUCAUGCACGAGUACGCCAUGCGGCUGGGCAUCGAAGCGCACGGCAACAGCCAACAGCACCUGCAGCACGUGGCCAACGCGUACCUCACAUGCCUCAACGCGUUCCGAUUGGUGGACCCCAAGUUCGCGUGGAUCCACAAGGCCGAGACCCCCUUCUCGACCGAUGACCGACCCAAGCAAAUGUCCAAACGCAAGCGCAGCACCGGGCUCGAUAAGUCCAUCGACAUGUCGCCUUUGGUGGGCGGCAAGCCGACGUCGGUGUUCACGACCACGCAGGCCAAGGAGCCGGCCGUCGGUGCCGAGGGCGUCACCACGCUCGAGGACAUCGAGAUGCGGUACCACCUCACCAUGGCCUACCUCACCCUCAUCAAGGCCUCCGUCCCCUUCGAGAACAUCGGCCCGAGCGCCUUCGACGUGUUCACGCAGCUGGUCGACGCGGGCUUCUUCGACAAGGCCAUCACGCUGGCGGUCAAGUACAGCUUCAACCUGAGCGUCGUCUUCGAGGUCCUCACCAAGCGAUGCGUCCUCCUCCAACAGCACGUCGGCUUCUCCGCCGCGUGGCGCAUGCUGAAGAAGUAUCUGAAGCAGUAUGACCCCGUCCACGUCAACGGCUACCGCAAGGCCGUCGCCCACAAGAUCCUCUCCCUCGACAACCGCAUCAAGCUCCCCAAGUGGCUCGUCGAAUCCUUCAAGAAACAUGACGUGGCAACGCUGUUGUACCUGUACCUCAAGUUCGGCGUGUACGACGACGCGAUCGAUCUGGUGGUGGAGGUGCUCGACGAGAAGGAGGAGCGACGGCGGGAGGAAGAGGCGGGAGGCGGCCGCGGCCGCGGCGGCAAGGCCCUGGCCGAGUGGCUGCCCUACGCGCGCCUCGAGCAGCUCGAGCAGCAGAUCCAGGCGGUCGUGGCCGACGCCGCGUCGCCCCUGUCGGCCACCGAGCGCAACCGGCUCGUGGGCGCCCACAAGCACCUGCGCACCAAGCUGGCGCGUUACCUGCAGCACGUUGACCAACGCACCUUCGGCCUCAAGCAAGAGGGGACCGCCGCCUCCUAG